GGAAUCCAAUAUAAAUCUGACAGCAAGGUCAUGGUGGAGAACGAUACAACUUGGUGCGCACUGCUAAAGCCACAGCCGAAGCCAGAGCCACAGCGGAAGUCAUAACCGAAGCCUCAGCCGAUGUCACAGCCGAUACCACAGUCGGAGCCAUGUCAAGUCAUACAGCGCACCGCUGCAGAGUGCACAGCGCGAGUUCCUGACCAAUUGCCCGAAGAAGACCGACACUCAAGUCCACCUGGCCGGUAUGCCAUUCUGCAAGAAGGUGCAAGGCGUGAACGUACCCCGCAUCUUUCCAGACGAUGCCGUUAUUUCUGCACUGUCCUACGAGCCACGUGAGGAUGACAUUUUCGUCAUCGCCUACCCGAAGAGCGGCACAACUUGGGUUCAGUGCAUUGCGUACGGCAUUUUCCACGAUGGCGAGCCACCGCGUGACCUCUCGCAGUUCGUCUCGGAGACACCGUUCCUGGAGUUCGUCGGUGCAGACUAUGUGGGCUUAAUGCCGAGACCCGGCACAAUUAAGACACACUUGCCCUUCGACGAGAAGAGACUUCGAUCUGGAGCAAAAUACAUCUACGUCGCGAGGAACCCUUACGACGUUUGUGUAUCGUCCUACUACCAGAUAUUGACACACACAGUCAAUAAAGAGGACGUAGGAAGUUUCGACGAACAUCUGAAACGGUUCGUCACCGGCACUAGUACUUUCGGUAGCUACUUGCAAGACAGUCUUCUACCGUUUUACUCACGGAGAAAGGACGGUAACGUUCUCUUCCUAACCUACGAAACCUUGUGCGACGACAUCGGAGCAGAAGUGACAAAAAUUGCGCAGUUUCUGGGUCAUGAGUACGGUCGACGCAUUUCCAGGGACCCCGCGAUGUUACAACGUGUGAUCGAAAUGUCUUCGAAAGAACGCAUGCGCCCUAUCUUCAAGGAAUUCCUGAGGGCAACCAUCGAUUUUACGGUCUGUCAUAGGAGCCGCAGAAAUGCCUCGAUCCCUCAUGCACUGCUCACUACUAAAAAAUUCCUCGACCACCGUCCUCCCAGACAUGAAUUUGUGCGGGAUGGUACCAUCGGAAAUUAUAAGAAAGUCUUGUCUGAGAAUCAGGUAGGCAUGCUCAAAGAGUGGAUAUCAGCCAGUACAUCAGACAGUGAUGUCAUGAGUCUUUGGUCACGCGUUGGCCUUCCUUAGAAUCGUUCGUUACACGGACAGUUGAUGCUAAUAAAGCGUGUCCGGUUUCAACAAUGGCUAGAAGACAUUGUACUCUAUAACUCCUCAAAUAAACAUUAAAAAGUGACCGUUGUUGCAUUGUUAUUCGUACAGAAACACAAAGAGACUAUUUAUUGAGUAUUUACUACAGCAUGCCCGUAAGAGACCAAAGUUGAAAAAUUAGCUCGCACCAGGAGUCCAGAGGCCGUUCUGUCGCCUACCCUGUUGCGACCAAUCUUCUUGCUGCUUGCGGUAUUGUAAUAAUGUUUAGACUGCUUAA